AUGGUUGACAGGCCCCUCACCUUAGGAGCGGCCGGAGGAUCCUUUUCAGCCAUAGUCUGGAGACUUCUGACCGAAACCGUUCAGUCUCCUAUUCCUGUGCCUGUCUCAGUUGAGUGCCCUCUUUGUGACUGCCCUCUGCCAACUUUACCUUCGAUUUCUUGGGCUUCACUGGAUCUGCUCAGCGUGGCUGUGGGCAUUCUGGUAGGGCUAUCUUUGGGCCCUUUGUUGGACCUGCUAAUCCUGCUACGUGCCUCUUGGCGUUGGUGGCGACUUCAGCUUGACACCGGUGAUCUCCGAUCUGACCUUCGAUCAGUCCAAGAAAGGCUCUCCGCUUUGGAGAGCAGGACACCUGGGGCUUCUGCCUCACCAGCCAGGGAAGUGAGCAGUGCUACUCGGUCCUCUCAGGCUUCCUCAGCUCCAGUUGCUGGAUACCACGUUGGGCCUGAACGUGAGGCCGCAGCUCGCGACAUUGGUCGUUGGCUGGCAAAGAGCAUCGACGGUGUGGCCAGAGGAUUGUCUGGCCGUGAGCGCAUUCCCCAGCAGACGCGCUACUACUUGGCGGUGCGUGAUUUUCAUCGCAACCUCUACGAUCCUCCACUCUUCUUGUCCAACUGGCCCGAUUGCAAGGAAAGGGUCCAGUGCCGAGGACAAGUGGGUGACAGCAUCUUCAUUGGGCUUCCUACCAAGCGCGAGUGCUACCUGGCUGUCUUGGCGGCAGGCUUAGAGCUGAGUGACGUUACAGAAGAGGAGGGCUCAGCUGUACCCGAGGCAACUGGGCUCUUUGACAAUUUUGUGACCUCGGAUUCUCAGAUUGUGUUUGACUAUCAAGUUGGUUUUAUUUCUUUUGGAAGCAGGCCCAAAGUUAGUAUCAUAGGGGUUUGUGAAGUUGAUCAACAAGCACUUGUGGCUGUGCCUGAUUUGGCAUGGCAUCGGCAGAAGGCACGUCGCCAUAUGCCGGACGACGCUCUUCAGAAGGCUGUUCGCGUCGAAGCCAGAGUUGGAUCCGGUUUGGAUCGAACGGUACCAGAGGAUGGCACAGGCAUCAAAAUCUGGUUGGGUUUUUUGAAGGCCGACUAUGUGGACCUCGUCGCCUACGGCUUGGACGCUUUGCCGGACGACAUCCUGUUCCCUUCAGACACGGUCGGGUUGCCUAUGCUGCCUCAUGCCGAAGCUUUGGUGGCCAUCUCUCACGACCACUUCGUGUUCCUCAGCGCCGAAAGCGGCGGAGCAAAACCAGUGUAUGGCACUCCAGAUGUCGAAACACGUUUGGGUCAGCUGGAAGGCACCAUGGCCGAGAUUUUAGAAAAUUUGAAGCAGUUGAAACCGGGAGCGGCUUCCUCCCGUCCAUCUGCUCUUCAUGGCGACCAUGGUCCAAGAAAGCCAGAUCCUCCGCGGGUCUCCUUCGCACCGCCCUCUGGAUUGGAUCCUCAUGUAGUGCAGCAAGCGCUAAUGGCUGGGGUCUCCAAAAAGUCUUUAGAAGAAGUGGCCCUUUUGUUGCAGCAGCAAAAUCAGAUGACUCCCGCCGCAGCGCCGCAGGCCGCAGACAAAGCCUUGGUCAGCGACAGCGACGAAGAGGACGAGCAUCUGGGCGCCGCUUCUGGCAGCCUCGAUCCUAUGAAUCGGGCAGUGGUCAGCCUGAGCAAGAUCGUCAAAGAGAUGCGGAAAGAAAAGAAGCAGAAGAAGGAUCGCGACCUAGAGUCCAUUCUAGAUCGCGCAGGAUCUGGCUCAGCAAAGGAUUCCGUGGGCUCUACAAGAAGCAAGGCGGCUGCUCUCCGAUCGUUGCACAAACUACUGCACACAGACCCGAAGCUCAUUUAUCAGGCGGCCGAAGGCCACAUGCAGGAGGAUUGGGAGAUGGGCGGUCAACGACUUCCAGGAGCUAUGAUCACUCAGAUCUCUGCCCGGGGUUGGUUGGAGCAUCGCUCCAGAAUCAGCUCCUACCCAGGGACCAUUCGACCUGCUUGGCUUUGUGCCGGCAUUUGGGACUGCCUCAUGCGAGGAGCCCCCGCCGCCCUAUGCAAGCUUCGCCCAACACAGUCCUCCGGAGCAAUGGGAAGUGCAGCACACCAGAUUGAUGGACGAAAGGUGGAGCGAACUCUUCCUUUCGAGACUCAAGGACCUCGCGGAGUAUCAGGAGAAGAAGCUGACGCUCACCGCGACCAAGACCAAGAAGGAGGAGGUGCCGCCCAAGAACGAUCAGAAGAAGGGCAAGGGAAAAGGAGGAAAGAAAGGGAAGGAGCCCGAGGAAGCGGCUUCAUCCUCGACCCCUCAGUGAGUGCCGACUAUGAACUUCAGCUGGAAGAGGAUUGCCACUUUGUAGAGGUGUUCCCAGCUGAGGGUACAGCUGCAAUCCUAUCAGUACCUGGAGCUCUUGCCCCCAUUUCCAACAUUGGCAAGCUCUGGAAUUCAUUAGUUCGCUGGAUCCUGAGUGGGAAGUCUGGCUUUGCACGUUUUUUGCGAACUCUUGGACGCCAUGAACCCUUGGCAGACAAGGGCACAGCUCAGCCCGUUUGGCCUGUACCAGCUCCCUAUCCACAGUGGAUGAUGCGGGUAGAGAAGAGUAAGGUAAAUUACAAGCAGAUGUAUGUCGAGAAGGCUGUCAACCUCAUGAUUCUUUCAUCUUCGUGGCUUCAUUUAGGUAAACCGCUGGUUGCUCCUGCCACCUUAGCUUUGGGCUCCUCCUUGACGAAGAAGCAGUGGGGAGUGGUGAAAAGAUAUGAGAGGCUGAUCAGCGAGUUCCUCCAGGUUGGCGACAUUGGUCCAGCCGCUAUGGGACGCUCGGCGGCCAAAGUGGAGAGCUUGUCUUCACUCCUUGUUGAGCUCGAGACGGCAGCGGCGAAGACUGCUGCCCCUUAUGAGCACCGUCCUGCAGCACAACGAUCUGAUGGGAAUGAGCCACAGCCUGGUCACCAAAAAGGGGAUCCUGGACGUGUAGUUGGUCGUUUGCAGAAGCCUGCGCCUCAGCUGGCGAAGUGUGUGGAGCCUUCGCGGCUUUCUUUUCCUCAGGAUGCUCCGGCCUUUGAUCCCUCAUCCAUGUUAGAAGAACCACACAAGAAGGUUUAUGAAGAUCCUAUUUCUUGUGCUAUUUCACCAGAAGAUUUUUCGUUGGAGCCUCCGAGGGUGCGUGUUCACGGUAGCAAAGACCAAGCUUUAGGUAUGCAGUGUGAAGCCAUCCAUCCUCAUGAAUUGCUUUGCGUCCAUGGCCGUGGCCCGCGCGGCAAGAUCAGCUGUGGGGUCAUCAUCGGCGAUGCCGUGUUUUUGGAGCAAGUUCCCGCUAUGCUGACUCCGGCAGAGCUGGGGAGGACUGAUGGUGCAAAAAGGUUGAGGGCGAUUAAGGAAGAGUAUGUUGGUAAGAAUCUAACACCUCAUGAUGGUAAGACUUUUGAAGCUGAGUUUGAAGCCGAGUUUUGUGGAGCAUCGGUGAAUGGUAUAGCUGGAUCUAUUCGUGCUAAUCCCAAAAGACUCAUCCCCUUGAUGGAUCUGACAGCGAAGACAGCACGCCUUGGGUUUGCCACUAUGUUACUGCUGCAGACUUUGGCGGGAGCUUGGAUUAGUGUCCUUCAAUUUCGGAGACGCAUGUUGUGCUUGCUGGAUGAGAUCUAUGUAGCUCAACACGGUAGAGAAGAAGACAUGAUCAUUGAGCUUUCGCCUUCACUGCAGUCAGAGCUUUGGAUUUUAGUUUGCCUUGGGCCUCUUGCUGUAACCGACCUCAGAGCCCAAACUUUGGGGAAGCUGUUUUUGACAGAUGCUUCAGAAGAUAUGAAAGCGUCUGUAGUGUCUGCACUGCCGUUGCCGUUUGCCAGAGAGCUGCACCGACAGGCGCUUGCUCGAGGUGCGUGGACCCGGUUGUUGACUCCCUGGAAGGUAUGGUUAAAGCAACACUUUCAACUGGAUGAGGAAGAUGCCAUGCCAGAUGGUGUUCCACUGGUCAGUCACCCUUUGUGGCUGAUUUUGGCUCAGUGCUUGAGAUUUGAGCUUCAUCACCGAAAACGAGUAGGUUCCCGUAGACACAUCAACUUGCUUGAGAUGGAGAGUUUGUUGGAGCUGGAAAAGAAGAUCGCAGCCUAUCAGCAAGACAGCAGGUACCUCUGCGGUUGUGACAGCCAGAUUGUCAUUGCUGCCGUGUUGAAGGGGAGGUCUAGCUCACCACACCUGAACGAACUGCUACAGAAGAGCUUGCCUACCGUUCUUGGAGCAGGGCUCUAUGGGAGCUAUGGCUAUAUCCCAUCAAAAGCGAACGUCAGUGAUGACCCGACGAGGUGGACUGAUAUCAGGCCUCCAUCCAGGCCCAUUCCUGAUUGGCUGUUUGCAGCAUUUUCUGGGUGCUUUGAUGCUUUGGAUGUUUGGUUGGGUGAGCGUGGCUAUGAUCCUUUAGACAUUGCUCAGCUUCCUUUUCCUUUGCGUACAGCUCCCAAAGCGGAUGUCCUUGAACAUAGCUUGAUAGCUGAGCUGCGAGCUGUACAGAAAACCGAGCGAUUAGCAAAGUUUGAUCAGAAAAUCUACGGAACCGAUCCGAAGGAUUGGAAGACUUUUGAAACUCCGGCCACUGGGGCCAAUGAACAAAAGGAUCACAAGAGGCCUCAAGAUGCUGAACUUGCUUUUGGCCCUCACCAUGCUGUUGUUUCCAAGAAAACUGAAGAGCAGAAUUGCGUAGGUGAAUCCGUCUCACGUCGUCAGCGGGGUGGGCUAGCCAUGGAAAAUGUGAAGUCUGCUUUGCUGUCCAGUGAAGCAAGAGCAGCCUUGGCUCUUCUACCGAGGGAGUGCUUCAUCAAACCUGAUGGAAGGCGAGCAAGACCUGAUGAAGUUUUGGAUUUCCAGCGGAAGGGUUUUUUGGAUCUCUUCAGCGGCAAAGCCUCUUUUGCUCGCUCUAUGGCUAGGCGAUUUUCUGUUUUUGUGGUCACCUUUGAUUUCGAACACGGUCCCAGACAAGAUCUUCUCAAUGAGUCUCUUGGAUCCGAUAUCAAAAGAUGCCUUUUAGCUGGCUGUUUUCACGGGAUGGGUGUGGCUCCGGAGUGCUGCAGCUUUUCCAGAGCCGUUACACCCGCAGUACGCAGUGCGCUCAGACCCGAAGGUCUUCCACAGAUCUCGGAAAAUAUGCAACGAAAGGUCCAGGUGGGAAACAGUCAUGCACAGUUUCUUUUGGAGCUUUUAGUUAUUUGCCAAGAAAUGGGCCUGCUCUACUGGGUUGAGAAUCCAGAUGGUUCUUUCCUCUGGCUUCUGACUGAUUGGCGCCAGAAGGGUUUUGGAUCUCCAGAAGCGGCCUUCAGAUUUGACAUGUGCCGUUACCAUACUCCUUGGAGGAAACGAACAAGGAUUGCGACGAACACUUGUUUGAGUGGGCGCCGUGAGCUUUGCCAUGGAGAUCAUUCACAUGUGAUACUUCGUGGUCGUUGCAAGGCCCAAAAGAUGUCCUGGACUCGACUGGCUCAGGCCUACCCUCAACAACUGGGAUAUGAUCUAGCUAGUGCAAUGGCAGCUGGUGCAGGGCUUACAAAAAAGAACACAAAGUUGAACAUCGGUGGAUGUGCGAAAUGCAGCCACUGCCGCAUUGGCGAAGCUCAGAACCCGGGCCCUCAGAAAGCCCAACGGGUUGCCCGAGAUGUGAAGUUGUUGGAAAAUGUACGGCUAGUUGAACCUGCCACCCUGGCUUUGCAAGAUCGCGUUUGGACCGCUUUCCGAACGUGGUUGGAUCAGCACCUGAGUGAAUCGACCAUUGAUGAUCUGCAGUUGUGUCCUACACUCUAUGUGGUGUUGCGAGCUUUGCGGAGUGACUUGGUCUUACCUUCCGAACAGUUUAGCAACCUGGUGUCA